ACACUGCGCAGCAAACCUCGAGCUUUCCUCCCUUUUUUUGUCCAUUUUUCCUGCACGGACCUUCACUCCUCUCCUCACUGCACCACCGAGAGACCUGCACGAAAUCAUGUCCACCAAGGUUGCCAUCGUAACAGGCAGUAACAAGGGCAUCGGCCUGGCCAUCGUCCGAGCGCUCUGUAAGAGCUACCAAGGAGACGUUUACCUCACCUCCAGAGACGUCGGUCGUGGUGAGGCAGCGGUGAAGAAUCUGGGUGAAGAGGGACUGAAGCCGCUGUUUCAUCAGCUGGACAUCAACGACGUGAACAGCAUCACCGCCGCCGCUGCUUUCUUUAAACAGAAGUAUGGAGGAGUGGACGUCCUCGUCAACAAUGCUGGGAUAGCAUUCAAACAUGCAGACACAACUCCAUUUGCCACCCAGGCCGAGGUGACCCUCAAGACAAACUUCUUCGCCACCGGAGACAUGUUGACUCACUUCCUGCCGCUCAUCAAAGCUGGAGGUCGAGUGGUAAACGUCUCCAGUUUCGUCGGCUCCCGCACUCUGAACCAGUGCAGCCCGGCUCUCCAGCAGCGUUUCCGCAGCGAGGACAUCACCGAGGAGGAGCUGGAGGGACUGAUGCAGCGGUUCGUCGACCAGACCAAGAAGGACGAGCACAAGAAGGGUGGCUGGCCCGAAACGGCGUACGGCGUGUCCAAGUGUGGACUGACGACCCUGUCCAUGAUCCACGCUCGUCGUCUGUCCAAGGAGAGACCAAAUGACGGGAUCUUGCUGAACGCCUGCUGUCCAGGCUGGGUGCGCACCGACAUGGCCGGUGACAAGGCCCCCAAGUCACCAGACGAGGGCGCUAUCACUCCGGUGUACCUGGCACUGCUGCCGCCGGGAGCUACAGGUCCUCACGGGAAGUUUGUCUCCGAUAAAGAAGUUCAGCCGUGGUGAAAGGGUUAAAGGGACCUGCGAGUGUGUUUGUGUGUUGUCAGUGUUUCAACAUCACCAUUAAUUUGCCAAAAAACUUCCCUACAAAAUACUUUUCCAAAAAGGUACAUAGUCCGACAUUUGAAAGAUUUGCCGCAAGCAUCAUACAGUCGAGUAACACAGAGAGGAUUAACCAAACGUUAAAUAGGCAUUAAACCAAAAUAACUCUCAUUUCAGGGAACACUGACAUGAUACAAUAUGAAUGUGUGAAUCUGCUACAGGCAACAGUAAUCAUGCAUCAAUCUGUAUAAGUGAUGGCUAAUCACUGUAUUUUUUAUAACACUUCAUUUGAUCAUUUGCUUCAGUAGGGACUGUACUUUACUCAUCAGAGCAUAGGGGUGGCUGAGGGUUGUGCAUUUUUUUUAUUAUUAUGAUCCUUCCUGUGAGAAUAUUUUUUCUUGAGCCUCCUUGAGUUACUGAGGAAAAAAUGGACGACCCGUUCAGUAUCAUAAAUAACCAUAUUUCACAGUUUCUGGCCAUGGUAAGUGUGUAAGUGUGAGUUUGGAGAUUUUAACAAAAAAUGCCCUUCAAUUCCCACUGUUUUUGUGGCGCCCUUGUUUUGCAUCACCCCUCCCCUCUCAUAAAUAAGGGACAGUCCCCAGUAUAACCAUUUGUAUAUAUAUUUUUUACAAUGGAAAGUAAAAAUUUGCCUUAACUGGAUGAAAUGGAUUCAGUGUUGUGAAAUCAAAGAAAAUAAAAUGCUUUUCUGGCAAUAUUUUCUGCAA